CUCAAACUUCUCUUAUAACUUUGCACUUCAAAUCUUUAAAUAACAAUGGCUCCUGCUCCUGUUGGUCCCCGAUACGGUGAUUCAAUCUUCGCGGGUGGCGAGCACGUGAAUGCGGAGAUGUUUUCAUUAACAUAUGGGACGAUUGUACGUCAAUUGCUUACGGAUUUGGAGGAGGUUGAAGAAGUUAACAGACAGUUAGAUCAAAUGGGUUAUAAUAUUGGAAUCCGACUGGUUGAUGAGUUUUUGGUGAAAUCUGAUGUCUCCAGAUGUGUGGCCUUCAGGGAGACAGCUGAAGUAAUUGCAAAGGUGGGUCUCAAAAUGUUCCUAGGGUUGAGUGCAUCAGUCACCAAUUGGAAUGCUGAUGGGACAUGUUGCAGUAUGGUUUUGGAGGAUAAUCCCUUCGUAGAUUUUGUUGAGCUUCCUGAUACAUGUCAAGGCCUAUACUACUGCAACAUUUUGAGUGGAGUCAUUAGAGGGGCACUGGAGAUGGUGUCAAUGGAGACUCAAGUGACAUGGGCUCGUGAUAUGCUUCGAGGGGAUGAUGCGUUUGAGUUGCGGGUGAAACUUCUAAAGCAAGUUCCAGAAGAGUACCCAUACAAGGAUGACAAGUGACCUUUCAUGUGUCCUGGUCUCCUCUACGGCAGUUUCUAUUUAGCUGGUUAAUUCUCGGUCAUAAAAUGGGAAAUAGAUAGGUGACCCCUCUUGCGUAAUGCACUUUUGAAGGAUCUGCGGGCUUCAACAAAAUCAUUGUCGGCUUGCUUAGAAAAGAAAACACAGCUCAAGCGUACAAGGUUAGUUUAUUUGGGCUUUUUUCCCCAUUUCAUCGAAGGUUUAUUUCGGCCUUGAUAAUUACUCAAUAUUCUCUUUUCAUAAAAAUAAAUUUUACUUUUAUUUUUACAAAC